AUGAGCAUCAAUGCAGCAAAACAACAAAUGAGUUUUCUGGCAUCUGUGCUAGAGUCAUAUGAAGGUCUAGUGUCUGAGAAAAUAGGAAACUCAGAACUGACAAAGGAAGACUACGACCGGAUCGACCCAGUAGAAAUGGAACUUAUUGACAUACACUGGUGUUUAGAAAAUGCAAACAAAGCUGGAAUUUUCAAAAGAGAAUUUAAAAAUUCUGAAGUUGACGAAACUGAGAAACCUUUCAGUGAUGAUUAUUACCGAAAGGCGAUUUACCACCGUAGCAAAGAAGAGCCGAGACUGAUUGAAAAUAAUCCCAAAGAAAAGUCAAGAGCUUGUGCUGUAAUUCAAGAUGACGAAGGGUAUGAUUGGAGUGAGAUUCUUCCAGAAGAAGAUCUUGUUGAUAAUCGUUUCACAGCUCAUGGCAGAACUAUAUCGAAAAGCCAACAUCGUGCCUAUGUUGCUGAAAUAAAAAUGAGAACCCGAGAAGAGAUUCUGAAAGAGAAAACCAAAAGAGAAAUAUUCUUUACUGGGUGCAGAAUUGAGAAAAUGAAAGACAUAGUCCAUGAUGAUGUUCUUGCAGUAAUCCCUUUGUCCGACGAAUACUACUCAAACAUAGAAAAAGAUAAAACUUAUCUGAAAAAGCUGGACAAGAUAAUUCGUGAUGUAAUGACCGUAAGUUUGAAAAAGAGGGAUGAAGAGAGAAUGAAAAAGAAUGUUGAAGAUUUAGUCGAUGAUUUGAAGAAAGUUGUUGAGGAAGUCAAAGUUGAAGCUGUGAAAGCUGAAGAAGUGAAGGAAGAGAAAGAAAAGAAAGUGGAAACAGCUGGUGAAGAAGCUGUUAUCGAAAAACAACAGAAAGAAGAAGUUCUGAAGAAAGAAGAAGAAAAAGAAGUGAAGGUUGAAAGUUCAGUUGAAGUGAAUAGUGAUGCUGAUGCUGGUGAUGAGAAAAAGAAAGAUGCUGAUCAAACUCAGACAGACGCAGAAGAGAACACCGAAGUGCCAAUCACUGAGAUAAAUUCUGAUUCUUAG